AAAUUAGUUGAUAUGAAAAAAGAGAGUCUGACCCUGCUCGUUCUCCUCUUCUUGAAAUUUUCAACCGCCAUCACUGAUUGCAGCUACAAAGGCGAUAUGUGUAAAGUGGACGUGGAAAAUUGCUUAAAGAAGAAACUUUACGAUGGCGAUAUGACAGACUGUACUGGUCUUUCACAUCAAGAUCUUUUCAUAUCUCGAGGUGACGUCGAAUUUUGGAUUGACAUCUAUGAAAGAGGAAACUACGCACGGAAUUUGACGUAUACUAUUAUUUCAGAAAUCGGAGAAAGCUGGCAAAGUGUUAAAGAUUGCUGCCAAAUGACUCCAACUAGCACUUGUAUAUUGCCGAAGGGGAAAAAGAGCGAAGUAUUUUUUAUUUACCUGCCAAUGAAACGAGCUGGACAGUACUGUGAACUACAGUUAUUUGAAAAUCAAAAAGAAUUGAAAUGGUGCAGUGAAACGGAUAGAACUCCAUGCAAAGAACUGGUUCGUGGUAUUAUAUCGAUUAAAGGAAUUUACCAUCCCCUCUCGACCGACAAUUUUCAUCCUUCCGUCGAUUUCUGCUUUUUCCGCGCCCCUGCUGACUUCGUACAAAUUGGAAAUGGAUCACACAGUGAAUUUUCUCGAGACGUGAAGGGGAUGAAACAUGAUGAAAAUCAGAACAGCGUUCUUGUUGGGAAAACAUUGAGGAGAUGUGAUCUAUUAGAAAAUAUUAUAGCAAAAAACAUUACCGAGCAUAUUUCAUCAAGGUAUAAACGAAAUGCUGAAGAGACUGUUUGUUUCUUCACACGACUAAAAGGAUAUGAUAACAAAUGGAGCUCAAAUCCAAUAUGUCAAAUACCCUGCAACAAUGAGAAAUAUUGUUUCUUGCAUCAACACAAUGUCAUGUGGAAAACAAUUGUAACAUUAUCAAUAUCAACCGUACUUCUCAUAAUUGUGUUUUUUACGUGGAAAUAUAGAAAAUCUGUAGCUACAUGCAGACCAUCGUUGGAAGAUUCAAUAAAAGAGUUGCCGGAUUCCUUUGUUGCUCGAAAUAAGGACGAUUUUGUCUUUGUCACAGAUGUUACUUUUGACGCUAUUCAUCGGGAUUGCGUGAAAGAAAUACCUGCGAAACUGAAAUCCACAAACUUUUAUAAAAAAGAAAACAACGAUUCGGAUCGAUAUAUUUCCGUGCUUACGGGUGGCCAGAUCAUAGGGACACUUGAAGAAAAAGUCGAACUUAUUUCAAAGCAGAACAAAACAACAGCUGAAGUUAACAAAUUACAUGAUGAAACAAAAUAUAGUGUUAUUUCUGUACUGCUCGAGUCUGACGACGUAACAUGGGAUCAACAAGAUUCUGGUUUCGAAACUGGUAUACCAAAUACGCAUUGCAUCAGCUUCGAAAAACAUCCUGAAGUAUUAGAAAAUAAUAGAAACAAUGAUUCUGGUUUUUCGGAAUCCAGCAAAAGAAGUUCAGCUAAUAGUGAAAUAGUAUCACUAACUAGAUCAAGCUGCUCUGCAAAUGACGAAAUUGGUAUAAGUUUUCUUACUGCAAAAAACGAGAUUGGUUGUGAUAUAAUUAAUUACGCAUUGCCCGAAGUGGAAAAUUACACAAUGAGGAGUGGCGACUAUAUGGAAAAGAGUUCGUUUCUAACAAUCUCCGACGCAAAAAUUAAGAAUGCCGGUUCAAAUUUGUAUUCUCAUCAAAAACGAAAAACGUCGUCAAGUUCUGGUUGCAUAAGUCUAGAUUUUGAUAACUGUUCUUUGGAAUCGUCAAUCGAAGAAGCAGCGGAUGUUGAAACUCCGGGAUUCUACGUUAGAAAAUAAAUCGAUGCUAAAUUUCAUUAGUUGCUUGAAUAAAGAAAAUCUAUUUGAAAUAAAAAUGAAUUGGUAAAAUUUUUGGUGGAAUUAUAAAGUUAUAAGAAGGUUUUAGACGUUGUCAUUUUUUGUUUCCGUUCCAUAAUUUUGUAAAGUAAAAUUUUAUGCUUUCCAUAUUUUGUUUCAAUCCUAAUCCGUUUUAUUUUUAGAGAAUUCUGCUAUAGAUAAAAUUUGCAACUUUAAUUAUAUGAGUGAAAAGUAGUUUAAAGUUUGUAUGAUUAUUUAUUUAACUAGAUCCCGUUUCAAAAAAUUCACGAAAAAAUUAUAGUAAAAAAUGCGCUAUAAACGCGUGUUGUCGCUAGAAGGCUAUAACUUCUGUUUAUUUCGACGGCGACGUAAUGGCAUAAUGUCAAAUGUCUGAUAGUUAAUAAGAUAUUUUUUUACUGUAAGCAGGUUUUUUAUGACAUCGAAUAGUUUGCAAUAUGAUUUUGCUAGCCUUUUGCUAGUAUGGAGAGUGGACCUACUACUUAGUUUUAGCUUUAGUGUUCAUAUAUUUGAGCAUUGGUUUCUUGCUGUGCUUAAAAAAAUGAUAUUUCAAAGUUGAAGCUAUCAAAAAUUUAAUAACAUGAUAAUUUACAUUCGCAACAAAAUAUAAUAUUUUUGAUAAAAAAAAUUGUGCUGCUCUGAUAUGCCAUCUCAGCAGUUCCACCUAUAAUAAUUCAUGAUUUAAGAUUAAUUUAGACGAAUAUCAAAUUCUUUAUAAAUCAAGAUAGGUGUGG